UCGGUGUUGAUAUAACGAACGUUUGAUCGAGGAGCCGAGUGUUUUUGUCGACAUGGCGACCACUCAUGGAAUAACAGCUGUAAAAAACCUCUGCUAUACAGCGCCCAGAAAACCUAAAAGUAAAAUACCAGCUACAGAAAAUGAGAGGAUACAUAGAACUUUAGAUCUGGAUGUUUCUGAAGGUGAUGGGAACGCUAGCUCUGGUCGAAAAAUUCGGUCUUCCAACAGUGGUGGUUCGAAAAUACAAACACCGAAGUCGAUACGAGAUUCUUUGAAACAACUUCAGACAGCGGACCAGGCGGAUUUUUAUAAGCAUCUCGUAGCUCUUAAAAAGGAGCAAAAAAGGACACUAAAGACAGUGGAAAAGAUGUAUUAUUCAGAGCUAGAGAAGCAGAGAUCUGGGUUUGAUUUAGAUGAAAACACUAGAAUAAGUCUCGAUUACGAGCCACAGCUAGACAUACCACACCACGAAUCGUUUGAUCCUUUUGAGAAGGGAUAUAAAGAUGAGUAUAUAGAAGGAACACAGCAGCCGAGAUCCCCGGUCAGGGACUUUUUACGGGAUAUGUCUUCAAGAGAGCCAACCUAUAAUCGGGAGAUAGAUGAUAUUGGCCAGCAAGCAGAGGACAAGGAAAACCUCCGACGUUCCUAUGGUGACAUGAGUGACAAUGACAGUUGGCAUGGUGAUGAGGUAGAGGAUGUGCCUCGAAAGCGCACUCUCAGUAGUGAGGGACGGGUCCUGUACAAGGAGAUGUUCCCCCGCAGGUCUGCAGCACUGGAUGUCGUAGAAGACAUGUGGAAAGACUUCUCCGUCUACGACUACCCGAGAGAUCGAGAAGACAGCCCUCAGAAGCCAACACAAGAGAAGGACACGUGGUCUCCUUGCAUUACGAUACCUAACCCCUUCUCGAUGACGAUAAGAGAAGCUAAGAAGACCGCCAAGCAGAAGACAAGGUCACAGCGGAUUCUCGAGGAGGAGUUGAGGGCGAAGAAGGCCCAGGAAGAGGCUGAGAUCAGGAAGAAGUUCAGAGCACAACCUGUACCCGCAACAACCUUCCUGCCACUUCACGACGAGCUGAUGCGGCAAGAAGAGCUACGAAGGCACGAGGUACGCGAGAUGAGCAAGGCUAUCCUCAAAUCCACAGAGAAACCCUUCAGUUUUAUGAAGAGAGAAGAGGAGAAGAAGCGAAUGUGGCGCUCCAAGUCUCUCAGUAGCUUGAAUGACCUGACACCUAAGAAAGAGAAGAAGACGUUUCGGGCGAACCCAUUCCCAGCCAAAUUAUUUGACUUAACAUUGAAAGAUAAGCUGGCGGAACAAGAGGAGUAUCGAACCAUCAAGAACCGCAUGCGCUCAGAGGAGAUGCUGGCGAGCUCCAGGCUACCUAUGAACAUGGAGUCACGCGGGAGACACUACAACAUCGGCAAGCUGCGUAGUAAACAGCAAAAGGAAAAAGAAAAGAAAGCUUUCAUGACAAAGGAACACACGUUUAGACCCAACAUUAACCCCGAUGUGCCAGAUUUCGACGAGCUUCAGAGGCAAUUUGAAAAAGAAAUGAGAAGGAAAAAGAGAGAAAAAGAGCCGACCGUGGUGGAACCAUUUCAGCUCCGCACGGCUCAUCUCUCCGCGGCGCGUCUAUCAAAGUCGACCCAGUCUCUAGACCGGGGGCUACGGGGGUCAAGGUCACAGAGCAGAGAGCGCCCCUCCAGUGCUAGGGCACGUGACAGACCACGUGAGAGAUCACGCGACAGUUGCUCAAGUGCCAGGUCCAGUAGCCGUGAAAGGCCACUUAGCGCAAUGCUGUCGUCCUCGUGGGACACUCUGCCUUUCGGGACGACGGAGGCGACGCGCAUGCGUGAAGGUCGGAUCCGUGAGAGUCUAAAAGAGAGGCGCGCCCGCGAACAAGCAGAACUAAAGGAAGAGCUGCAGAGGCAAAAAAAACUAAAGAGCAUGCGCCCACAUGUCGCACGAAAAGUUAUGGCGAACGACUCAAGCUGGCAGCUGAAGAAGACCUCGGACGUCAAGAUAAAGAGCUUCAGGGAAGCGGACCGUGCCAGACGGGAAGAGUACGAGCAAGAACUUCGAGACAUGCAGUCACGUGUUAGUCAACGCCCUCUUCUGUUCGAACGACAGUCUCAGCUGAACGCGAAGAGAACCGCUGAACGAAAAUACGAGGACAUUCUUCGGAACGCGGGUGUCAGUGACGAGCUCGUCAGGAGCCUGGUGACUAAGGAUGGGGAUAUCGUCGAUGCGGAAUCGGAAGACGACGAAAGAGACGAUGAUUAUGACGUCACGAACACGUGGUCAAGGCGCUCCUCGGCCCAGGACACACAGUCUAAAGUGACAUCAAAUCAUGAAACUUCCUAUAAUGAAGAUGAAAGUGACGUAGAGGAAGAUUUAGAAGAUUCGUGACGACAAAGCAAAUAACGGGGGUUAGGGUGGGGUGGGUUGGGAUGAUACAGUGGAACCUGGAUUUUACGAUACUGAAUUUUACGAUAAUCUCGAUUUCACGAUGGCGUUUUUUCCCGGCGGAAAAACAGUAAAAUGUAAAAGAAAUUACCCCGAUCUAUAUUGGAUACAACAAUAUUCUCGAUUUCACGAUGCCAAAUUUGUUCUCCCAAGCGUAAUUUUGACCUCGAUGCAACGAUAUUACUGUAUCUGUACAUCAACAAAGAAAAAAAAUACACCACACACGUACAUUACAGUUUAUCGAGUUUUUUUUUUUCUUGAGAGAUCUUGUUAAGACAGAUUACAGUCUUACAGAGAGUAACCGAACAGUCUAAAAUACUAAGAGUACUCAGAGUACAGUUACAAUAUUAUUACUUUGUAAAGGUUUAUUAUUAACCCGACCUCGCUACAACGAUGUUUUCAAUGGAGUUUUCUUUAUAUCGCAAAAUCGAGGACCUCUUUGCAACGAUACCUCGAUUUUGCGAUACAUUUUCUUUCUCCCGAGGCAUAUCGUAAAAUCCAGGUUCCACUGUAUCUACUUUUUCCAGCACGCAUAAAUCAGCGGUUAGUUGUAUCUUUACUUUUUUUUUCUAGCAAUAAAGUAUGAUGGUUAUAAAUGAAGUAGAGUUUUUGCUAGAAAGUUGAUUUCCUAUUCAAAAGUGCAAACAUGGAAUAUAGAAAUAAAUAAGAAUUAUCACACUGCA